AUGUCUAGCACUAAAUCAUGCGAUGAAUUGUCAUCUCUAACUUCUUCAAUUUCACAUCAAUUUCACUCUUGUUCACCUAAUGAUAUUGAGUCUAAUCGAACACUUGACAAUGUACAAAUUGUAUGGUUCACUGGAGGCAUUCAAAAUCCAACGGAUGAUUAUAUCGACGAAAUUGCUCUUAAUAUGAUCGCACCGACGGAACGCAUUGAUGAUGCGAAUAUGUUUGUUGACUUUGUAACGGAUAUUCAACAAAACGAACCAAAUGAGACAUUAUUAUUUCUUAUCGUUAAUGUCAGGAAUGAGAUGAGCGAGUUCAUUAUUAAGAUAUUGCAUGAUCUUGCACAAAUUGGUGCCAUUUAUGUACUACAAGAUGAACAUAAUGAUUAUGUACUAUGUCCUUUUGAACAAUAUGGAAAGGUGGCCGGUCCUUUUCCAGUUGUUGCGAAAUUUUAUGAUCAAAUGAAAACGGAUAUGCUGCGAAUCAAACGUGAACAUGAAUGUAUCAGUUUUGAUAUAUGGAGAGUUUCGGACAGUAUCGACAGUCUCAACACAGUAUUUCAAAGAAAAGACCAACAAGAAGCCGCAUUCAUCUUUGGGCAGUUGCUUAAACGUGUUCUUGUUGAUGUCUCUAAUGAAGACGAUGAUUCAAUUGAAUCAUUACAUAGUAUGAUGCACUACCUUCGUCAACUGUUUGCUAAUGACAAAGCAAAACUGAAUUUUCUUCAAAAAUUUGAAAACGAAUACAAAACUCAUACACCAAUAUAUUGGUAUUCAUUAGAUAGUUUUCUGUAUGGACUGGUUAAUAAGGCACUUCGUGAACAGAACAUUGAGUUGCUCUUUCAUAUACGCAUAUUUAUCCGUGAUCUUCAUCAGCAGAUUGUUGCUAUUCAUAACAGGUGUACUACUAUGGAAUGCACCGCUGUUCUUCCGACAGUUCUCUAUCGUGGUGCAUUGAUGCCUAUAAACGAGUUAAAUGACAAAAUUUUGCAUAAUCCUGAAGGUUUACUGUCUGUUAAUAGUUUUUUAUCGACAAGUGCAAAUAAAGAACUUGCACUUGUUUUCGCUGGCCGUGCUCAAAAGAAUACGAAUAACAUGCCCGUUCUAUUUACUAUAUCAAUGAGUGGUUGUUUAUUGUCACCAGUUUCAUUUGCCUAUAUUGAUCCAUACAUUAAUGGAAAUGAACAAGAAUAUCUAUUUUCAAUGGAUGCCAUCUUUCGCAUUGAUAGAAUUGAUCGACUCAUCGAUAAUGGUGUUUAUUGUAUUCAUUUGAAGUUUACAAAUGACCAUGAUUCACAACUUGCUGCUCUAACAGAAUAUGUCUAUCGGCAAAUGAAAGGGGCUAAACUGAUAUCAAAUAUAGCUUUUUUACUCUACGAAAUAGGUGAUUAUGAGAAAUCCGCUCAAUUUUAUCUUCGAUUUCUUCAAGAAUCAAACCUAUUACCUGGUGAACGGGUAAUUGCUUUGAGUAAUCUGGGUUCAAUUUACGAUAGUGCAGGAGACCAUAGUAAAGCUCUUAAAUACUAUUUGAAAACAUUGGAUAUCGAACAAAAACAUGAAUUAUCUUCUGAUAGGACACUCUGCAAUAUAGGCUAUGCCUAUUGGCGACUUCAACAAUACGAACUUGCACGUAAAUAUUACCAAUUGGCACUCAACAUGGCCUUAUCUACGCGAGAUAAUGAAUUAAUUGCAUGUAUUUAUGAUAACAUUGCAACUUUAUUAGCUGAUGAAAAUGAUCUUAAUCAAGCACUUGUCUAUCAUGAAAAAGCACUAAAAAUCCGAGAAGAACAUUUGCCACCUAUACAUAAAAAUAUUGCAAUGACGCAUUAUAAUACUGGUAACCUUUUAUUUCGACAAGGUAACUUUGAUGAUUCUCUCGAAGCAUUGAAACAGUGUUUACAUAUUCAACUAUUAUCAUUACCUCCUGAUCAUCCAGAUCUUCGUAUGACGUUUACACGAAUUGCCGAUACAUAUCGUCAUCUAGGACGCCAUGAAGAGGCAUUCGAUGCUAUUGCUCGAGCAAUGAAAAUUAAUCUUCAAGCAAUUGAAAUGAAUUGUCGUCUGCUCGGAUCCGAUCAUCCAAAUAUACAAUCUGACUUAGAACAACUUCGCCUAUUAUCUACUGAGCUCAAUAGAAAUCGCCCAACAGUUGAUGAUAAAACAUAA